CAGGUAGAAUUACUAAUGAAAAUUGUUGCAUGAAACACGAGAGUACGUUGGGCAGCACAAACUGGCACAUCCAUCAUCAGACUACCAAUCUCCAACAUAUGCGAGUUGGGAGACUAGCAACUAUUACUAGUAGUAGCAUUAUUUCGCUCGCAGCAGACAUGAUGGCCACCUCCAAGAACAGCCAGUCUCUGUCUCCGCUGGUCGUCUUCCUCCUCGGGGCGGCUUCGGCCACCGUGCUUCUCCUCUUCGUCCUAACGGCGACGGCGAGGCCCGCAUGGCCCGCGCUGGAGACCGGUCUUCAGAGAAGCGGGGAGGCCCCUGGCUCAGGUAGCGUGCGCUGCAGUACUCCACGAGCGAACGGCACGGUCGCCGUCGCUGCAGAGCAGCACACCGGAGUAAGAGCUCCUCCGGCGAAUGAGGCGGCCGCGUCCGAGUCCGAUGACGAUGCGGAUGAGUUUGCGCGGAUGCUCCGGCGAGCGGCAAUGGAGGACCGGACGGUGAUCAUGACGUCGGUGAACGAGGCGUGGGCGGCGCCGGGUUCGCUGCUGGACUCGUUCCUGGAGAGCUUCCGCGUGGGCGAGAACGUGUCGCACUUCGUGAAGCACAUCGUGGUGGUGGCCAUGGACGACGGCGCGUUCCGGCGGUGCCAGGCCGUGCACCCGCACUGCCACCUCCUCCGGCCGGAGAAGGAAGGCCUGGACCUCUCCGGCGCCAAGAGCUACAUGACCAAGGACUACCUGGACCUCGUGUGGAGCAAGCUCAGGCUGCAGCAGCGCAUCCUCGAGCUCGGCUACAACCUGCUCUUCACGGACGUUGACCUGGCGUGGUUCCGGAACCCGCUGGUGCACAUCACGAUGGCGGCGGACAUCACAACGUCGAGCGACUUCUACUUCGGCAACCCGGACGACCUGGGCAACUUCCCCAACACGGGCUUCAUCUACGUCAAGUCGACGGCCCGGAACGUCCGCGCCAUGGCGUACUGGCACGCGGCGCGGCGGCGGUUCCCGGAGAACCACGACCAGUUCGUGUUCAACGAGAUCAAGCGGGAGCUCGCGGACAGGAUGGGAGUCCGGAUCCGGUUCAUCGACGCCGCCACCGUCAGCGGCUUCUGCCAGCUGGGCAGGGACCUCAACCGGAUCGCCACCGUGCACAUGACCUGCUGCGUCGGGCUGGAGAACAAGCUGUUCGACCUCAAGAGGGUGAUCGUGGACUGGAAGCGCUACAUGGCGCGACCGCUGUGGGAGCGCCAGAUGGGGAAGAUCGGAUGGACGUUCGAGGGAGGAAGAUGCAUACACUGACGACUGUGACUGCACUGCAUUCACGCGGGUUUGUUUUGUGUGUUCAUACUCUAUUCCGUGCCUGGAAUGGCUUCGAUCUGUAGGACUUGCUGAAUUCCAGGGCAAUAAUUAUCUUCAUCCAACCAGAUCACUAUGUGCAGUUUGUCAA